AUGACAAACCGCACAGUAACGACAUUUAUCCUGCUGGGACUGACAGAUGACCCACAGCUGCAGGUUUUGGUUUUUAUCUUUCUCUUUCUCACCUACAUGUUGAGUGUAACUGGGAACCCGACAAUCAUCACACUCAUCUUACUGGAUUCUCACCUCAAGACAGCCAUGUACUUCUUUCUACAAAAUUUCUCCUUCUUAGAGAUCUCAUUCACAUCUGCCUGUAUUCCCAGAUACUUGUACAACAUAGGAACAGGUGACAAGCUCAUUACCUAUAGUGCCUGUGCCAGUCAAGUAUUUUUUACUGACCUCUUUGGUGUGACAGAAUUUUUCCUCCUGGCAGCCAUGGCCUAUGACCGCUACGUGGCCAUCUGCAAACCCCUACACUACGUGACCAUCAUGAACAGCACAGUCUGCAAAAGACUUAUAUUUUGCUGUUGGGCGGCUGGUCUGUUUAUUAUAAUCCCCCCACUCAUCCUGGGCUUGAAUCUGGAAUUUUGCAAUUUGAAUACUAUUGAUCAUUUUAUCUGUGAUGCAUCUCCCCUCCUGAAGAUCUCUUGUUCAAAUACUUGGUUCAUGGAACAGACUGUUUUAAUCUGUGCUGUGCUGACUCUCAUUAUGACACUUAUGUGUGUCUUUCUGUCCUACAUUUAUAUCAUCAAGACAAUUCUAGGAUUUCCAUCUGCUCAGCAAAAGAAAAAAGCCUUUUCUACUUGUUCUUCCCACAUGAUUAUGGUUUCCAUCACCUAUGGAAGCUGCAUCUUCAUCUAUGUCAAACCUUCAGCAAAGAAUUCAGUGGCCAUUAAUAAGGGUGUGAUGGUGCUCACAACUUCCAUUGCCCCUAUGCUGAAUCCCUUCAUUUACACCCUGAGGAACAAGCAAGUAAAACAGGCCUUCGAUGACUCAAUCAAAAGAGUUGUAAUAUUCUGUAAGAAAUAGGGGGAUGUGAGGUACAGUUUACACGUGCAGAGUAAACUUCCCAAACUCUGUACUUAGGUUGACUUUUUCAAAACACAGUCUCAUUGUCUGGCUGGUUUCUCUGAAGCCCAUUUAUUUUAAUGUAAAACUUUUUUUUUUUUUUUAAUCUGCCCUGUUCUUAGGUGCUUUCAGCUUACCCAAACUUUCGUAUGUUUCUUUUUU